GUACGUGGUGAGGUAACAGCUAUGGCAUUCAACAGGAUGUGGUAUACCGUAGCCCUUGGACUUCUGCUGCCUUUCUCUUAUGCCCAUACGGACUUCUUCACUUCCAUUGGUCAUAUGACAGACUUAAUUAAUACAGAAAAAGAUCUGGUGGUGUCACUGAAAGACUAUAUCAAGGCAGAAGAAAGCAAGCUGGAACAGAUCAAAAAAUGGGCAGAGAAAUUGGAUCAGUUGACAGAUACUGCCACGAAAGACCCAGAGGGAUUUUUGGGACAUCCUGUAAACGCAUUCAAGUUGAUGAAACGGCUUAACACAGAAUGGGGUGAGCUUGAGAGUCUGGUUCUGAAGGAUAUGUCAGAUGGCUUUAUCUCCAACAUGACUAUCCAGAGGCAGUUUUUCCCAAAUGAUGAAGAUCAGACUGGUGCAGCAAAAGCCCUCUUGCGGCUUCAAGAUACGUAUAAUUUGGAUACAGAUACCCUCUCAAGAGGGAAUCUUCCAGGUGUGAAGCACAAAUCCUUUUUAACAGCUGAAGAUUGCUUUGAGCUGGGAAAGAUUGCCUACACUGAAGCUGAUUACUACCACACUGAGCUCUGGAUGGAACAAGCUUUGAAACAGUUGGAUGAAGGAGAAGUAUCUUCUGCAGAUAAAGCCUACAUUCUGGACUACUUGAGUUAUGCUGUGUAUCAGCAGGGGGAUCUGGGCAAAGCCAUGAUGCUCACCAAACGCCUUCUGGAACUGGAUCCCGAACAUCAAAGAGCAAAUGGGAACAUGAAAUAUUUUGAAUAUAUAAUGGCAAAAGAAAAGGAGGCAAAUAAGUCCAGUACAGAUUCAGAAGACCAAAUGGAGAAGGAAACUGAGGUUAAGAAAAAGGAUUACCUGCCUGAAAGAAGGAAGUACGAAAUGCUGUGCCGUGGGGAGGGUCUCAAAAUGACUCCUCAGAGACAAAAAAGACUCUUCUGCCGCUACUAUGAUGGAAACAGGAAUCCUAGGUACAUUCUGGGCCCUGUCAAACAGGAAGAUGAGUGGGACAAACCUCGAAUUGUUCGCUUCCUUGAUAUCAUCUCCGAUGAAGAAAUUGAAACUGUGAAGGAACUAGCAAAGCCAAGGCUGAGGCGAGCCACCAUUUCAAACCCCAUAACAGGAGCCUUGGAGACGGCACAUUACAGAAUUAGCAAAAGUGCUUGGUUGUCUGGAUAUGAAAGCCCUGUGGUAUCUCGCAUUAACACAAGGAUACAGGACCUAACAGGACUUGAUGUCUCCACAGCAGAGGAACUACAGGUAGCCAACUACGGAGUAGGAGGCCAGUAUGAGCCUCAUUUUGAUUUUGGAAGGAAAGAUGAGCCAGAUGCUUUUAAGGAAUUGGGAACAGGCAACAGAAUUGCUACUUGGUUGUUUUAUAUGAGCGAUGUGUCAGCAGGGGGAGCUACUGUCUUUCCUGAAGUAGGAGCUAGUGUGUGGCCUAAAAAGGGAACAGCUGUAUUCUGGUACAAUCUCUUUCCAAGUGGAGAAGGAGAUUACAGCACACGGCAUGCAGCCUGCCCAGUACUAGUUGGAAACAAAUGGGUAUCCAAUAAAUGGCUCCAUGAGCGGGGACAGGAAUUCCGAAGGCCAUGCACUUUAUCAGAGUUGGAAUGAUGCAGACUUGUCCUUUGGCUCUUCUGUAUUCAGUCUGUGUAAAAUGCACACAUCUCCUACAGUUUACAAUCGACUAACACUCCACUCCAGGUUCAGUCUUCAACUACACCGGUGUUUCAUCUGUGGACAAAACAAAUAUGCUUUUAGUUCCCUUAAAAUACCCCCCCUAAGUUUUAUGAACAGAAUAUAUUAAGGUCUAUGAGUGCUACAGAAAGAAAAGAAAAAGAAGACAAAAUAGAGAUCUGUGCCCCAGCCAGUAGUGGUGUUGUAUGUGGUGUUCCCUUCACCAGCACCCCUCUGAUCAGCACAGAAAGCUGGUGACUGUUUACUCAGAGUCCUACUCUGUCAAUCUUCUAAGGGUGGAUUGGUUUAAUGGGAGAGCUCCCUUCUAAGGAGGGCUGAAUUAAACCAGUUCGUAUUCCUCAAUUCCCAGACAUUCGACUCCUUGCUUUUCUAGAGUGCCUGACCACUGCUGUUGAGAACUGCAGGCAUGGUUUGUGUUUAGCCAGGGAACAGGUUAUUACCAUGUUUUAGCGUGGUUUUCCACUUCCACAAAAGCCCCAAUUUUUAAGCUUUCUUCCUUCUCAGCUUCUGUGGGGAAUUCGGCAGUUGCACACACAUAGAUGAGAUGCUUCAGCAGUGUUGUCUCAAAACACAUGCCUGCAUCAGAGCAGCCUGACAAUUUCAGCUGCUCUUCCCUCCAUUCUUCUUUAUUUUUUGUAUGUUUGUCCACAUAAAGAAAUGCUGCUUCUAUUCUGUCUUAGUAGUAAACUUUUACAUCUGUUCCUUGCGCAGUGGGGAUGGGAAUGUUACCAUCUUCAUGAAUCAGAAUAGUUGUGCCUUAGCACACUGGAAUUUUUAAUUGGUUGUGAGACUUCAGGUGAUGAGGUAACACAUAGUCACCCAGAAUAGAAUACAGUGCUCUCCAUACUCAUCCUCCUGCUUCUCAAGGCUUUGUGGGAAAUACAUGGCCCUAUUUAUAAUUCUAAAUCUUUUUAGAUGCUUUUUAUUCUGCAGAUGUUUUUCCUGCUGCAGAUGCUGAAUGCAGGCCACUGCAGUGAUAUGCCUUUAGUCACAGGGCAGCUGCUUGCACAGGAUGCCAGAGACUGUGCCUGCUCUGGGUGGUUUGGUAUUGCUCGGCUUGUGGAGACUGCCUCCACUGCAUCCACGCUCCUUGCAUUGUCACUGGCACUUAGGAAGGGAGGAAGCGCUAGGAAGGGGCCUCCUCUGGAGGCUCUGGUGCUGCUCAUUUCUCUGCUGUUCAUCCCACGAGCCACGGCUGGAGUCGUUCUGAUUCAUGCCACCCACAGAGGAAAAGUGUCCCCAGAGUGCCCUCACUGGAAGAACUCUCCCAGUGACUGUCAGGGACCUUAGUUUGUGAUGACUCAUCCUUAUACUGAGAUGAAGUUGAAACCUCUGAGGGAGACUAGGUCAUGGCUGCUAUAGCUAUUGAACUUCUGUGCAUCAGAUUCCUGUGGGAACAGUAACUGCCAUCCUCUUACACCUCCCAGCACAGGAAGAGCUUAAACAGGGUGGGUUGAGGCUUGCUUUCCUAAGCCCUUCAACAGCAGGGGUUUGGGCAAAAUGUCUAAAUACUCCACUAGCACGAGGAUAAGAACCCAAGUGAGCAGCACUAGGCAUACCUGAACAGUCAGAUUUUUCUGUAUGAUGGUGGUUUUGCUGAUUUAGGGGUGAAACCUGAAGUCUUUACAAGGAAUAAAUUCCAGUGUCAGCUAAUUGGAUUUUCUGCCUCAAUACAAUCUUGAAAAUUGAGCCAAAAUGUAGAUGGAACCAACUGUUAGCAUGUUAGAAAUACCUCGGGAAUACUGAGAAUGCAGUUUAAGGUACUAGAGUUUGAGAAACUGCAUACUUUGAGAAGACACUUUAAAACCUUUGCUGGAAAACGCAUUGUCAGAUUUCUACUGAGCCUGUUAGGCAUGGGACCUAUGGAACUGCUUAUCCUUAGCCCUGCACCUUCCUGCAUUUCACCUGUGCUUUUGGCAGGUGUGAAACAGAGUCCAUCCAGCACUUAAGAAAACAAAUAAAAACUAAAAUCAGAAAUGGUUCCACCUCAUGUCUGUACUUCUCUUUCACAUUCAGAAUAGCAGGUACACCAGAGCAGCCUGAUACAAAUAGAUUCACUGAAGAAAUGGGUUAUCAGAGCAUAUUUUGAUCACUGAAUCGUAAUAAUUAAAAAACCAAACCUGUAACAUUUCUA